UAUCUGUCCCAGAUAAAACGAUGAAAUUCUUAAUUGCAGCAGCACAACAGAAUAUGUAAACAUAGUACAUUGUAAACAAUAUGAUAAAUGAGCAAUAUUUUAAAUAUAUAUAUCACACAUACACACAAAACAAAGAGAGUGUACAGAGGAGAUUUACUAGAAUGUUGCCUGGGUUUCAACAACUAAGUUACAGAGAAAGGUUGAAUAAGUUAGGUCUUUAUUCUCUGGAGCGCAGAAGGUUAAGGGCUUGAUAGAGGUCUUUAAAAUGAUGAGAGGGAUGGACAGAGUUGAUGUGGAUCAGCUUUUCCCUUUGAGAAUAGGGAAGAUUCAAACAAGAGGACAUGACUUCAGAAUUAAGGGACAGAAGUUUAGGGGUAAUAUGAGGGGGAACUUCUUUACUCAGAGAGUGGUAGCGGUGUGGAAUGAGCUUCCAGUGGAAGUGGUGGAAGCAGGUUCGUUGGUAUCAUUUAAAAAUAAAUUGGAUAGGCAUAUGGAUGAGAAGGGAAUGGAGGGUUAUGGUAUGAGUGCAGGCAGGUGGGACUAAGGGAAUCAAGUUGUUCGGCACAGACUUGUAGGGCUGAGAUGACCUGUUUCCGUGCUGUAAUUGUUAUAUGGGUAAACAAUAAUCUUUCACCUUUAGUGCAGUUGGGGGGUAGUCGGGGCAGUGGUAUGCUCCUCCUGCAGGCUGUGAGAAAUAUGGGAAUCAUCCAAUGUCCCCCUGGACUACACCAGAGGGAAGAGUGUCCAACUGCAGCUGGUGAAGAAAAUAACCAUCCGGAUUUCCGAGAACAUCAAUGCUUGUAGCUUUCAAGUCGGAUAAGUACGAGGUCUUGCAUUUUGAGACUUCAAACCAGGAUAGGACUUCCCCAGUGAAUGGUAUCGUACUGGGGAGGGUUGUAGAUCAGAGGGUCCUAAAAGUACAAUAUAUACUUCUCUCAAAGUGGUGUCACAUGCGACAGGGUGAUGAAGAAGGCAUCUGGCAUGCUGGCCUUCAUCGGGAAAGGCAUUGAGUAUUGAUGACAGAGUGAAGAAAGCUUUUGACCUCAAACAGUGCCUGUCCACAUUCUCCGGAGAUGCUGCCUGAACCACUGAGUUACUGCUGCACUUUGUGGUUUCAUUGUAUAGAAGUUGGGAUUUUAUGUUGGACGUCGUGGAGUGUUGUGUUCAGUUUUGCUCACCACCACUAGGGGCGGUACAGUGGCGCAGCUGUAGAGCAGCUGCAUGACAGCACCAGAGACCCAGGUUCAAUCCUGACUACGGGUGCUGUCUGAACCAAAGAUCUUAGAGCAGGGAAGAUCUUUGUUCUGAACGAAGUUUGUACGAUCUCCCCGUGACCACAUGGAUUUUUUCUGAGUGCUCUGGUUUCCUCCCACACCCCAAAGAUGUACAGGUCUGUAGGUUAAUUGGGUUAGGUAAAAUUGUAAAUUGUCUCUAGUGUGUACGCGAUGAUCGCUGGUCGGCACGGACUCGGUGGGCUGAAUGGCCUGUUUCGUUGCUGUAUCUCUAAAGUCUAAACGCGUAGAAAAUAUAUAAUUAAGUUGGAAAGAGUGUGGAAACAAAAAUGUUGCCAGGAUUCAAGGCACUGCGCUAUGGGGAGAGGUAAGGCAGGAUAAGACUUUAUUCCUUGCAAUGCUAUAGACUGGGGGUUAUAGAGGUAUAUACAAUCUGGAGGGGAAUAGAUAGUGUGAAUGCACACAAUCUUUAUCCCAAGAUUGGGCAAAAGUAAAGGACGUCAGUUUAAGGUAAAAUGGGAAAGAUUUACGAAGAACCUGAAGGGCAACGUUCCCCUCCGCGGAGUAUGGUGUGUUUCUGGAACGAGUUGCCAAAUAAAGCAGGUACAAUAACAACUUUAAAAAUAUGUUUAUGCAGGGAAAUGGGUAGGAAAUGUUCAGAGAACUAUAGGCGAAACGAGGACACAAUAGAUGGAUAUCUUGAUCAGCAUAGAUGAUAUGGGCCAAAGGGCCUGUUUCUGUACUGUAUGAGUCAAUGGCUCUAAAUGAGUUACGGCGAGUGCGAUGGACUAGGCCUGCGUGGCAAUAUGUGUAGGCUCGUGGCUACAGUAGUGCCUGGGUCUGUCUCGGGCUCUGUGUGUGUGGGUUUGUGCUUAGGUCUGUGUCUGGGGGAGUGUGUGGGGUUGUGCCUGGGUCUGUGUGUGGGGUUGUGCCUGGGUCUGUGUCUUGGAGUGUGUGGGAUUGUGCUUGGGUCUGUGUCUGAGGGGAGUGUGUGGGGCUGUGCCUGGCUCUGUAUCUGGGGGAGUGUGUGAGGUUGUGCAUGGGUCUGUGUGGGUGAGCACGUCUAAAGAUCCUAUAUCGUUGAGCACGCCUGCACCAGCGCACACCCCAGUGUUCCCUGUACACUGGGAGGGCGGUACUAGGCCGCGAUGUGAGACUUGGCACGUACGCUCCGAACGUGUUCAUGCCGGCGCCAGGGGAGGGUGGAGCCAAGAAGUCCAUGUCCCGAAAAAAGAACACGGACUGCACGGAGCUGGUGUAAUCUAAAGACCCGCCUCCCCGUAACCGGGGUACAACCUGUACUCCGGGCCACGACCCCCUCACACCCGGCCUCGUAAACACAGAGCCGCGGAAAUAACAUGCUGACAUUAAACCUCAGCGCGGCGAACGCUGCUCUGCUUUUUGUUUACAAACAGCAAGGUUUUAUCCGGCCACAACCACUCGCCAGAUUUUCCCAUGAAUUAACGCUCCUUUCUGCGCUGUCGGCCACAUUCCGUUCCAAAACACCCAUGUUCCCAAUACAGCAUCAUCAUAAUCCUUCCCAAAGCCGGCUUCAGCCCUGAUCAAUCCCUUUCCCAUCCCAUUCCCCCUACAAUUCUCAUUCCCAUUCCUGGACUCCCUCGCUCAUCCAUGUAAUGAGCUCAUAGCAUUUUCCGUCAAUCUCUCUCUCUCGCUUAUCUCCUCUCCAUCCUCUCUCCCAGGCGCUCUCUCUCCCACUCUCAGCCCCUUCUCAAUCCCUCUCCAAUCUCCUCUCUCAGACCUUCUAUCCCAUCCUCCACUAUCCCCCCUCCUCCUCUUUUCCCACGCCCACUCUCUCCCUCCCCCACUUCCUCAGUCCCUCACCUCCCCAUCACCCUCCCUCACCUCCGAAUCACAGUCCGUACCGCUCUCUACAACCCUCUCUUCCUCACUCUCUCUCCCAUUCCCAAUCCUCCCCCUUUUCUAUUCCGUUCACCAGCCCUAGCCUCGUGGUUCCGCUGUUUACAACUGGACUUGGACAAAUCACCUGCAAUACGCGGGACGGAGUUCCGCACGCCCCGGAUCCGCAAUCAUAUACGUUUUUGUUCUUGAAACUGCUGGUGCGGCCAGACAUUUUCUUUCACUUUCUUUCAAUCUUCUUAGUGUUUUUCUAAAUCUGCUUACGCGCGUUCUGAAAGAGAUGACGAGAUUUCGGUGUGCUCCGGUGGCUGCAGCGCCACGAGUAAAUCCGAAUUAUUCCAGAGAUCCACUCCGGGAUUUCUUGUACCCACCCCCUCCACAUCUGGCUCCAGUUAAAGCCGGCGAGUCCCGGGCGAUUCAGAUCGAGCGGGUUGUUGCAGAGACCGGCUGGCUGGCAGGAACAUAGAGAAGCCAACAGUGACAGAGUGAUCUGGAAAGGUGUUUGGAGAGUGACCGAUCAAAGUGACCGAUCGGUGUCCCAAGGGAGAUCGGCCGGAGAGAGUGCCUCGAUAGAGUGGACAGAGACCGUGGCCGGAGAGCGGCACAAGCCCUUGCAGCGGCCGACGUCUGUAGAAAAAGGGCAGAAUGGUCAGCGUGCUGUCAAGACGUCUGGGAAAGCGCUCCCUGCUGGGCGCCCCCGUCCACACCCCCAACCCUUCUGGUGAUGGGAUGCUGAUCCCUGGCCUGAUCCAAGCAUUCCGGCUGGACAGCGGGAAUGGCAACACCUCGUACACAGUGUCGUUUGAGGAUGGCCGUUUCAUGGAAUACAGCGAGGACAACAUCAUUGGCCCAGGCUUCCAGAGCGUGACACACUUCAAACUCCAGCCCGGACAGAAGGUGUACCUGACGCACGGUGGCCGUGAGUACCCAGGGGUGGUGGAGCAACACAACCAUGUGGACAACGAGGUCCGGGUCUACGUCCGGGAGCUGGACCUGCGCUCCCUACGGCGGGCAGAGGACGUGCGGCUGGGCGAGAGCCGCAGGUCCCCCCGCCUCCAGGAGCUGGAGAGGGAGCACACCAAAGCCUCUCCCAGUGCCCCCUCCUCUCAGACCAUCGAUGUGCCCCCAAGGGCUUCAGGCGCCAUCGACAUGGACGAGAUCAUGGCGGCGAUGGUGCUCAGCAGCCUGUCCUGCAGUCCCCGGCUCAACCCUCUGCCCAGCAGCCUGGCUCCAGCGUCGGCAGACUCUGGGAUCGAUGGGGGAAACGGGAGCAGCAGUGACUGUAGGAGCAGUAACUCCUCGUCUCCUUCGCCCCCACCACUUCACCAGGCCCUUGCACCAGGGCAGGGAGAUGACGGUCUUGACUUCCACAUCCCACAUCCCUUGCUACCGGAGGAGCCAGCUCCCCGGAAAAGGAAGAACUCGCUGAAGCUCCUGUAUCGCUGCAUGUGGCCCCACUGCCAGAAAUGCCUAUCAUCCACUGUGGGAAUACGGAGACACAUUCGAACCAUACACCUCGGCCGCAGUGACUCGGAGCACAGUGACGGUGAGGAGGAUUUCUAUUACACCGAGAUCGUGGAGGAUGCGGAGACCGUCUCUGAAGCCCCCAGCGGCCAGCACUGUACUCCUCCUCUCACCCCUCCGCAGUGCCAACAGUUGGCAGUCAGCCCGCAGCCCCUCAACAGCCCGGAUGUGCUUCCAGACGCCCUAGUCCGCAGCACGCCCCUUCUGAGCCGAUCAGCCCCAAGCUGCUUGAGGCAGGUCUACGUGGACCACACCUACCAGGUGUCCCCAGAGCACACCCGCACCUUCACCUUUGCCAGUCUCUCCAGCCAGCCGCAAGUGGCUGUGUUCCAGCCCCACAUCAUCUUCGCGUCGACACCGCAGAUAUUCCACGGAGGCAAGUGCGCGGUGAAGCCAAGAAGUGUCGCAAGGUCUAUGGCGUGGAGAACCGCAGCCAGUGGUGCACCGCCUGCAGGUGGAAGAAGGCCUGUCAGCGCUUCCAUGACUGAGCGCUGGGGCUGGCUGGGGUAGACGGGUGGGGUCCCGGAGCCCACCUCCCUGCACUGGUCCCCAUGAAAGGGGAACCUCCCCAGGAUCAGGACUGAGUGGAUUUGCCACCAGGAUCAGGACUGAGUGGAUCUGUGGGACCUGCGGACACGGAAUGUGACGAUAUUCCGGCUGCCUGUUGACGGGGUUAGGACAAUCUCUGGGGCAGCUGGACCAGCUGCAAUGCAUUGGCUGGGAGAUCAUUCAGAGUACUUCCUCUGUAUAGCCUAUAAGGUUCUCCAUUUCUGGACCUUGUUCUCCAAACCAAACUGAGCAGGGCUGCUCAUGAGACAGACACCUCCUCACCGUCUCUUGGAGACUUGGCCAUGGUCCUCGGCAUCUCCCAGCUGUACCACCACUAGUAUACCUGUGCCAUGCACGCAGUUGGAGCCGGGGAUGGAGUGGAGACUGGAUGAACCUGGACUGUUUUUUCUAGAACUCCUUGCGAGCUCGGUUUGCCAGGGACUCUGGUGCAAGCGUCUGAAAGCUGGUGGGCCUCCAUGUGUCCACAGACCAUCAGUGCAGUGUUGUAGGAAGGACAAUGAAGCUCCGGAACUCCACACUUGUUGCAGUCCCGGAACUCGCUGCCAGUUUGUCGAGACGCACUGACAGAAGUGACACUGUUACACAGGGAAUUCCAAGCCAUUGUUUCUGAUGAGAGGUCGCCAACUUAAAGUAUUUUGACUGUUUCAUUUUAGCCUUCAAGAUUUUGUUAAUUAUUAAGUUAAAACAAAUAUCUACUUUGUCCUCUGCAUUCAACGUCAUACAGCACAGAAACAGGCACUUCAGUCCAACACGUCCAUGCUGACCAAGAGUCAAUGCCCAUUGAACCAGGUUCCAUUUUCUCAGUAUCUGCCAUUUAAAUCUAGCUUCUUUUCUUUCAUUGGCUGUUCCAACAAAGGGUCUUGGACCCAAAACGUUAACCCUGUUUCUACCUCCGCAGAUGCUGUAUUACUUUCUGAGUGUUUCCAGUAUUAUCAGUUUCUAUUUCACUUUUACGCUCUCCAUUAAGGCAGAUUGCUGGUCUUCCUGUCACCCUUGUUGUGAAUUGCAGUCAAAAACUUGGAAUGUGCCGUCGGUAGUAUAGUGGCUAACUUAAUGGACUGGCAUGCAAAGGCCCCAACUAUUGGGCAGAAGGCACAGGUUCAAAUUCCACCACAGCAGGUUAGAAGAAUAUGGAACAUAUUGGUAAUAUCAGUGAAGGUAAUCAUGGAAAUACUGGAGUAUUGUAAAAAAGGUCACUGGUUCACCGUUGUGUGCAGUUCUGGCUUCCACAUUACAGGAAGGGUGCAAAGGCUUUGGAGGAUGCAUAAGAGCUUGAACAUAAUUCUGCCUGGAUUAGAGAGUAUUAAUUAUAAGGAGAGGUUGGAGAAACUUGGUUCUUUUAUCUGGAGAUUAGAGGCUGAGAGGAGAUCUGAAAGAAAUUUAUAAAAUCCGAGAGGCAUAGAUAGGGUAGACAGUCAAAACAUUUAUUCCAAGGCAUGAUUGUCAAAAACUAGAGCAUGUAGCAUUAAUGCCAGAGAGGAAAGAUUUAAAGGAAAUGCUUGGGGGCAUGUUUUUUAUUUGGUGGUGGUGGAAUCGGAUAUGACAGUGGUGUUGAAGAGGUUUUUAGAUAUGCACAUGUACAUAAUAUGGAGGGAUAUGGAUCGCAUAAAGGCAGAGGAGAUUAUUUUAACUUGGCAUUAUGUUUGGCACAGAUAUUGUUUUGCCAAAAAGACUUUACUGUUUGUUAUGUGCUAUGUUCCAAGUCUCUCGCGGAUAUAGAACAUAGGAACUGCAGUUUUCACCUAGACUGGAGUAUAUGUAACUCUAGAUCCACAUAAAAUGGUUGAUUUGUAAUUGCCGUAAUUUGCAAUGACGUAUUCUCGGAUAUUCUGGGAUUGGCAACAAAUGCAGGAUUAGCCAUUAAAUCAUAUCCCCCACAAAUGUCCGUGACAGCACCUUUCCCCUUGAGCCAGUUUCCACAGUCAAUAAGGAAAUGCCUGAUCCUAUUUCUUGUGUAAUUCCUGAACAAUUCCAAAGGAAAACGUGGUCUAAGAUAGUGCAGUUCUGUGGUUCUGUGGCUGAGGUGGGAUUAGGGUUGUUUGGGUUGGUUCAAAACCUGUUAGAAAGUAGCUGUUCCUGAACCUGGUGGUGUGGGACCAGGCAUUUGCACCUCUGACCUGAAAGUAGCAGCGAGAUGAGAGGGUUGCACGGAUAGUGGAACAAGCCUACACGAGCGCCUCCUGUAGAGGUUUUGGAUGGAGUGGGGUGCAGUGCCUGGAAUGGACAGGGCCAAGUCCAUCCCUCACUGCAGCCUCCUACGUUCCAGUGCAUAGGAAUUGCCGUACCAGGACAUGAUGCAACCAGUCAGGAUUACCCCUGCUGGUGAGUGUUCUUAUUGUGCUGUGUUUGCAUAUAAUAUACACACAGCUCCAUUGUUGUUACAUUUCCAUUGUAUUGCGGCAUAUGGGUAUCGCUGGCAUGGCCAACAUUUUCUUGGUCACACCCAGUCAUCCUUCAGAGCAUGGCAGUGUUUGUGUGUGUGUGUGUGGUGAAGGUUCAGUCAUGGUACUGUUGUUCAUAGGGUGUAGGAGAAGAAUUAGGCCACUCGGCCCAUCGCGUCUCCUCUGCCAUUUAAUCAAUCAUGGCUGAUCGAUCUUUCCCUCCCAGCCCCUUUCUCUUGCCUUCUCCCCAUAAUCCCUGACAACCGUAUUAAUGUGUAUGGAGAGCUCCAGGGUUUUUCUGUUUAAAAUGCUUGCUCCAUGCUGGUGCUGACCCAUGCUGGUAACUGGAGAGAAGAUUCUCUGCAGCUUUCUCCCUCCUCAGUCUUCCUGUCUUGUCUUCUGACAGGGCAACACGAAUAUAAUGAAGUGAGAGAUCAGGGCUGAUCAGUGGUCUGACUUCAGCUCAGAGCCACGGGUGUGUACAGGAAGAUGAAGCUUAAUUAUUGUCUCAAGCGAAUUAUAAUCAGUGACCAUUCUGAUAGAGCCUUUGAAUAAACAGCAAUGACAUUGA